GAUUUAAGGCCCGUUCUGGUUGGCUAGGGUAAAUUGAAUUGUUCCAAAUAAGGAAAUGAUAUGCAAAUUAGAUUUGAAUAUUUCAACGGAUGGCACGGCACCUUAUAGGUUUCUGGUGGAAGCCAAAAGGCUUCAGCUUGUGGCAGCUUUGAUACAGAGCAAAACUCCUUCCAGUAUGGACGUUUUAAGUCCGAUUAUUACGUAAUGAAUAUAUAUGCUGUAUCCUUUCAUUUAUGACCAGUGGCCUGCGUUUCAGACUGAUAUAUUUAAAGACUUUAAUUUCCAGUAUUGAAGUACAAGCUAGGGAGUAGCAUCAUGUCGUCAUUUACAGAUUCACAGGAAGACAGAAAGCCCAAGGGUAGAAAGAAGGGCGUAAAAGAAGAGAGGCCUGAAGACAAGGCUAAGUAGCUGCAUAAAUAAUGAAAUAAUCUCAGUAUUGAUUAAGUUGGUGCAGACAAACCACAGAUACAUUGACCAUGUAUAAAAGUAUAAGUUAAAGAAAUAAACAUUUGAAAUGAAAAUAAAAGUAAGUGGUGUUUGUUUUCUUGAAAAACUCAAUAUUACCCUGGAUACUUUGCGCGCCACGUGUUGCACGAAAUGUUUUUGACAUGGGCGAUUUCACUAUCAAGAUUGAAGUAGUUCUUUAUAAACUAGCUGAUCUUUCAAGGUCUUUUAAUGAGGCAUGAAGUAAAAAAUACAACGGUCACUGUACAAAGCUUGUAUAUGGCUAAACUGACGACUGUCUUAUUAUAUUUUAUUCUAUUAUACAACUUAUUGAUUGUAUCCUAUGUAUAAAAUUAUGUUGAUUGUUAAUAAAGAAAUUACAAAAAAAAAAAAAAAAUUGUUGGCCUCCUAAAAAUGAAAGCAUUUUGAAGACUGGGUACUAAAAUGACCACAUUAGCAUAUUCAAGACAAAAAGAAACCAUAUUGAGUCAACAAGUCCUGGCUAGAAAUAAUGACACUUCGCGACGAAUUUCGAUGUUCUAUGAUAAGACUUGAUCACGACAAAGCACGUGACUUCGCUGAAUCACCCUGGGUGCCAUGGUACAUUCUAGCCAUAUACCGUACUGUAUUCGCCGUGUACUGCACUGGCUGGAUCAUUUAUAGCGGUACCCUCCUCGACUUCUCUUGGUUCGUAUACCUUACAAACUGGGGCUACUCAGUCGUUACGAUAUACUUCAUUUUCGCCUCUGUCGUCACCCUGUGGUACCACUAUAAAGAAAAGAACUAUGCAGACAUUACAACGGAUGUCAAGAUGACUAAUACUCAGUCUCAUCGCAGCGAAGAUGGAAAGGAGACUAAGUUUGAGUUUCCACCCAAAUGGCACCACAAGACUUUGUGGGUCAUACAUUCCAUAGGUACCAAUAUAGCAGUGAUCGUAACAGUUCUAUAUUGGAGUCUCUUUUCUUCCUAUGUGGACGGAACUGGUGUUAGGUUUGGUCUAGAUAUCAGCAAUCACAUAUUGAAUUGUGUAUUCAUGUUAAUUGACUUGGCAUUGUCUUCCAUUCCUGUAAGAAUUCUUCAUAUGGUUUGUCCGAUGAUAUUCGGUGUUUUUUAUGGCAUUUCUACUGUAAUUUACUGGACAAUUGAGCGCCACGCUCUUUAUGGUUUGCUUGAUUAUGGUAAUAAACCAGGAAUAGCUAUCGGGUUGAGUUUGGGUCUUCUUUUCGUAGGCAUUCCAUUAACCCAGCUAUUCAUAUACGGCUUGUAUAGUUUAAGACUGGUUGUUGUUGAGAAAUUUAAAUCUUAAUUCAAUAAAAGCCAAGUGGAGAAG